CAAGCUCUUGCAUCAUGAUUGCCAAGACUGUGGCUGCUGUCCUGGUCCUGCUCCUCAUCUCAGCGCUUGGAACACGAGCUGAGGCAGUGCCACGCUCGGCCAUUGAACUCCGGUGCCAGUGCAUAAGCACCCAUUCCAAGUUCAUCCAUCCCAAGUUCAUCCAAAACGUGAACCUCACCCCCAGCGGACCUCACUGCAAGAAUGUUGAAGUCAUAGCUACCCUGAGAGAUGGCAGAGAAGUGUGCCUGGAGCCCACUGCUCCCUGGGUGAAGCUGAUCAUCAAGGCAAUUCUGGACAAGGCCAACAGCAAAUCUGAGACAGUGUCCUAAAACAAAGAAGAAAAAUGUCCUAACUCCUCCACCAAGGCAAAAACAGGGAAGACACUCACCCAGCUUCUGACAGCUCACCUCUUCUCACCUCCUGCAUUCACAUUGUCACAGCGUUCAGAAGAUGUAUUCCCCAGUUUGUAGUUAGUUGACAAGAGUGUUUUUAGUCUUUUAAAUAGGUCUCAUUAUGUAGGAAAGAAACCACUGCCAUGUCAACAAGAAGGCAGAAAAAGUGUCUUGUGAAGGAAUAUGGAGAUGAUUCUGGAAUAAUUUUUGCUAAAAACUGCUGGAACAGUGCAGUGUGUGCCCAGCAGAGCUUUCACUAAAUGACUCCUUCCCUUUUUGCUAACAGUUUAGGAAAAGACCAGCAAUAACCUCCCCUGCAAAGCA